UGGUCUCUGAACCGGAAGCGGAACCGGAAACUGAAGAAGAUGCGAAAGCAGCAUUGGGAUCGCAGCAGUGAUGAUGGCGGUGAGGGGUUUAGUGUUUAGAUGGGUUACAGGGGACAUCAGCAAAACACACUACCUGACGAACAGAUUGACGCUCCAGACGCAGCAGAGGUGUGGCUUCCGCAAGGUAGCAAAGAAGGGCGAGCCGAAGAAGGGCGUGGCGGAAGAAGCAGAGACGAAUGAAAUCCUACACAAGAAGGACGUGGCUCCGCCCCCAGACCCGCCCAUCCCACACACACCACACACACCCAGCCGGUCGUUUGGCAGACUGGUCAAACCAUUUGUCUUCACCAUAGGGUUUACAGGUUGUUCAUUCGGCGGAGCAGCAAUAUGGCAGUACGAAAGUUUAAAAUCUCGUGUACAGAGUUACUUUGACGAUGUCAAAGCAGAUUGGCUGGAGAAGAUACGGCCUCAGAAACAAGGAGAUUUACGCAAACAGGUGAAUCAGUGGUGGAACAAUUUAAGUGAAGGACAGAAAACAGUCACAGGCAUCAUUGCAGCGAAUGUGUUGGUGUUUUGUUGUUGGAGAGUUCCAUCUCUGCAGCGCUUCAUGCUCAACUACUUCACAUCUAACCCUGCAGCCAAGGCGCUGUGUUGGCCCAUGCUGCUGUCUACUUUCAGUCACUAUUCUCUCUUUCACCUGGCGGCCAACAUGUACGUGCUGUGGAGUUUCUCUUCAAGCAUCAUCAACAUGAUGGGCAAAGAGCAGUUUGUGGCAGUCUACCUGUCCGCAGGUGUGAUUUCUACGUUUGUCAGUUAUGUGAGUAAAACAGCGAUGGGUCGGUUUGGUCCAUCACUGGGGGCGUCAGGGGCCAUCAUGACCGUCCUAGCAGCUGUUUGCACCAAAAUGCCUGAAGCCAAACUGGCCAUCAUCUUCCUCCCAAUGUACACCUUCACUGCCGGAAACGCACUUAAGGCCAUCGUGGCCUUGGAUGCGACAGGCUUGAUUCUGAGAUGGCGUUUCUUCGAUCACGCCGCUCAUUUAGGUGGAGCUUUAUUCGGCAUCUGGUACAUACUUAGUGGUCACGAGCUUAUUUGGAAGAACCGAGAGCCGCUGGUGAAGUUGUGGCAUGACUUCAGAUCGGGAGGACCGGGAGCUGGCGGCAACGGCUCGAUUUAGAGCACUGCAUUGUGGGUAGACACUGAGCAGGUGACCUGAAGAGGAAAACAAGUUGGAGAAAUGGACACACAUGUUUAUUCUGUGUGAGAGAGAGUCUGUUUUCAGUUGUCACUGAGUGACGGUAGUAUUGCGGUGAUGUCAUUAUGCCCCGCCCCCGUGUUUAAAUUUAAAUCCAGGUAGCUCCACCCACUUUUCUAAAAAUGCAAAUUAUCUGGAGGGGCGGAGCUUCAGCAAACAGCUCAGCUCUAAGCUGCGGUGCGUCUCAAUGACACUGAAACGGGCCACUCAACAACACCAUGUACAGAAAUUUAAAUGUUUCAAAUAGUCUGUAAUUGUCAUUUAAAAAAUAAAAUGAUUAUUUAAAAUUCAA